UCCUUUGCUGGGGAGCACAGGAGAGGAGAAGAAACACCUCAGCCUCUCUUCCACCGCUGUGCUUAAAUACAACAGCAAAAAGCAGAAUAACAUCCCAGCAUCUAUCAUACAUUAUCACCAUUUUCUGCAGGAUUAUCAGCGUGAAUUACUCGUAACUUUGCUGUUGGAUGUUCAUUGUUGAACAUCACAAACUUUAUCAUCAGUACCACUUCUGUCAUCAUCAUUGUCCGUGUCUUCAUCGUCCUUAUCAUCAUCAUCUAAAACAACUUCAUCUUUAAAGCAGCCUCACCAUGUAUUUGGAGAACAAAAACAACCUGGAGAUUGAGAUGUCUCAGGCGUCAGCCCAGGGCCAUCCAGGCAGGAGCAGCCUGAGGUCACCACAGGCCGUCGCGGGGAACUUUGGGGAGCUGCGCCUUCUGCAGGGCAUCUCAGAGAGGAGAGAAACCCAGAAGAUGCAGCAGUCUGCAGUUCUGCCCUCAGGACAGUGCGUCAUCCACACCGAGGGCUUUGUCCCUGUGCGACAAGAGGACGGGCACAAUUUCAGCGUGGUUAAUUUUCUCAGAGGAAAAACAAAUUCAGCCAACAUUACAGAGAGGUCGCCUCUGCUGAGAUUCUCCCAAGAUGAAAGUAUGACCUACAUGACCUUACAUGACCCCAGCUUCGUUGGAGGGGAAGAGCCCUGGGACAACGGCUCCCUGGACCUGGAGAGGAGGUAUCGGCUGGGCAGUGAGGUCACCAGCCUGUCCCUGUCGCGCUCCAGCUCUUCGGAGAAGAGCGACCCUCUGGACAACCUCAACCUCAGCUUCAGACUCACCAGCAGUGUAAAAUGCUGCUUCAGAGUCUCCAAAAUUGCCACGAUGUUUACUAUUGUUGUCCUCUGCAGUCUGUUCUUCAGCAUGUAUCCGGACAGAGACAACCCCUGGAGGAUGUUGGCGGUCUCUUCAACAGACAGUUUCUCAAUGAACCUGACAGAUUUUCGAGACAACGCUCUGCUGAAGCUCCAGGUGGGAGGGCCUUUCACAGGAGGGAUGAUCGACCUCACAAACCAAGAGUACAUCCUGAUCCAGGUGGAGCAGACUGAGCAGGCGGGACAGCGGAGGAGGAGGACUCAGCAGGUGAUUCAUAACUGGACCAUUCCUCUGCACAGUGAACGCAGUGACCAGAUACUGGUGACGAAAACGUUUGAGAUGGUCAGCAGUGACCCCAUCAGCAUCACCAUUCAGGCCUUCCUGCAGGAUAACGAAGUGGUGCCGUUGUCCAUGACUCACCAGUCGCUCUACGUCAGCGUGGAGACACAGGUGGCCAUCGCUGCAGCCAUCCUGACUGGCGUCUAUGUCCUCAUCAUCUUUGAGGUAAAUGGCCUGUGA